CGGGCUUUGGAACAGAGAUGGUGGAACUGUUGAAGCAGAGAACGAAGGGAAAAAAAGAAAGAAAGAAAGAAUGAAUGAUACAAAAAUUUAGGCAGAAAAAAAUGGAAGUGAAAGUUUGAAUCAAUCGCCGGAAAAGAUGAAGCUGAAGCAGUUGGAAGGCCUUCUUGGUGGUCUCCAGCAGUUCCCUCAACCCAAGGAGGAGCUUGAACAGUAUCCAACGGGACCCCAUAUUGCUUCCCGAAUGCUUUUCACUGCGGAGAAUUCGUUUGAGGAUGUGAGCAACAAAGUAGUGGCUGACUUUGGAUGCGGCUGUGGUACGUUAGGUGUUGCAGCUGCCCUUUUGGGUGCAGAACAUGUUCUCAGCAUUGACAUUGAUCCAGAAUCUCUUGAAAUAGCUUCUGUUAAUGCAGAGGAACUUGAGCUUGACAUCGAUUUUAUUCGGUCUAAUGUCUUGGAAUUGGGAUGGAGAGGUCCAAUUGUUGAUACAGUUAUAAUGAAUCCUCCAUUUGGUACUCGCAAAAAAGGUGCAGAUAUGGAUUUUCUUUCCGUUGCUUUGAAGGUUGCUUCGCAAGCUGUUUAUUCUUUGCAUAAGACUUCAACAAGAGAUCAUGUGAAACGAACAGCAUUAAGGAGUUUCAAUGCUAGUAGUGCUGAAGUUAUAUGUGAGCUUCGGUUUGAUGUACCAAAAAUGUACAAAUUUCAUAAGAAGAAGGAAGUAGAUAUUGCUGUGGACCUCUGGCGGUUUGUUCCAGCAAGUCAUCAAAGAAGUACUUGAUGCAGACAAGGAUACUGUGUAUUGGAAUGCAUGAUAAGAUUGCAAGAAAAAGGAAAAUUUUGGUUCUCUAUGUAACAAUUGGUCGAUGGCACUUCUUUAGUUGUGUGUAUCUAUAAAUUCAAUAGUUGAGAAGUUCCAGUACUUUUUCUGCUUUUACGUACAGGGAUCUUCCUGAAGUUGGUUGGUUAUAUCUGAUUAUGAAACUUCAGUUAUAUCAGACAAUAUUAUGCUCCUUCUAUUUCAUAUUGAUUAUCAA